AUGUAUGAGAGAAUCAGUGUCCCAGCUGCGAGCCCACAGCUCAGCGGCAUCCAUCAAUCAGGGCGACAGGGACGCAUUCAGCAACAUAAUGAGACAUAUCCGGAUGUGAAAGGUAGAACCACGCCCAUCCCAUCGCCAUCAGCUGAUGGUCUGGACGUCCGCUGGUAUAUAAGGGACGGCUGCCGCUUUUCCCGACAGACAGCUCCUCGACGGUGGGUCAACAUGAAUGCUCUGACUGUGAUUUCCGUGGCGGCCCUCGUGGCUAGCAGUAGCGCCUCCUUGCUUGCAUACAACGGCGUAUAUGGAGGCCAUCACGGCCUUCUUGGCGCCUAUCCUUAUGCAGGUUAUUCUGGUCUGCACCCUUACUCAUACGCAGACCGUCGCUCCUACACCUGUAUCUUACAACGUCGCUGCCGCUCCUCUUGCUUACAACGUAGCUCCCUUCGCACCUGUAGCACCUAUCCAGUCUCAGUACCACGCUCAAGACGAGAUCGGUCAGUACUCCUCGGUUACGCCGGUGGUCCUUCUACACGCGCCGAGACUCGCGACGCCUUCGGUGUUGUCCGUGGUUCAUACAACUACGUGGACUCUGAGGGAAAGGUUCAGACUCAGCACUACGUGGCCGACGCCCUUGGAUUCCGUGUGUCCGGCACCAACCUGCCAGUGGCUCCCGACGCCCCUGUAACUGCCCCUCUGGCCGCCCUUCCCGGUCCCCUUCCCGAACCCGUCCAGGACACCCCAGAGGUAGCCGCCGCUAAGGCCGCCCACCAACAGGCCUAUGACGAAGCCGCAGCCGCUGCCGCUGCCGCCCCAGACACCCGCAAGAAGCGCUCCGUCCUUGCGGCUCCCGGCCUCGGCGUCUACUCUCCUCUUCGUUUCUCCUACGGAUUCUCCACUCCCCUCCACUACGCCCACCCAACAGCCUAUGCUUCUCCCCUUCACUACACUGCCGCCCAUCCCACCUUCACCACCUACAACGCCGCCCACGUCCCCACCACCUACGCCGCCGCCGCCGGACCCGCCCUCCGUGACGCCGAGCUCUUCCGUGUGGUCCACAACCCCGGUCACGCCACCUCCUACCGCGUGCUCAACUGAGUGCCACGAGCUCCUUCACUCACAGUCGCUUGUGUGGACCUGGUGUGUAGAGCACUCGCCCGAACAUUCGCUUGACUUUCACAUAAAGGAAGCGGAAAGCUUGAUCAUAGAUUUGGGAUGUCUCGGGUGAAGUGUUGACACCUGCCAUGCCUUGUGUUCACACUUGAAAAGCAUAGUCAUGUUAGCAAAACAAUGAAAUACUCUAUCUUUUGAAAAUAUAUGAAAGAAAAUAA